UGCGAGAGCCGGUGACCCGGGAGCUGCCACGGCAACGGGCCAAAGCGCAUCAUGGAGAUGGAGCAGGAGACCUGCGACUUGCGUACACCUCGUGCCCUCCCACCAAUACCAAGCACCGAGAAUACAGAAAUCCCUUUGAGCAAACCUAGAAAGAAAAAAACCAAAUCUACGAAUGGAGUAGAGUCGGCCGUAUCAACAGGGAGACGUUUGUCUGAGGCUAGAGGGUCUGUGACGUUAGAUCCUAUUCAGAAGAAAAAGAAGAAGAGAAAGUCACUUCCAGCACCUGAUUUGGAAACCACCAUCAGCCAACAAAGUGUUUCUGAUGGCUCAUAUGUGUACACUGGACAAGAGGAGAAUCAGACAGAGGGGGAAUUGAUCCGUAAAACCAGGAAGAGAGCCAAGAAGAGCCGGCUAGCGGAGCUCGAGUACACCAAUGAGCUUGGAGUGGAGGAAGAUGACAUCAUUAGCGAUGGAUUGCCACCUCGACCUCACGGGCCUCUCUUUGCAAUAUCUCCUGGGACCAGCCACCCUGUGGACAAAGUGUUUCUCGAGAGAAACCGUCGAUUCCAGGCCACUGACAGGGCAGAUCUAGUAAAAACCUCCGAACCAAUCGAUGUUUAUAUGGAAGUGAAGUCCUGGUCAACGAAAGAUGUUGCUUUACAGAUGUAUCGUGGAUUUGGGGUAAUUGGACUCUUUGUAAAUGGAUUUCUGGCUGGAUAUGCAGUGUGGAAUAUCGUUGUUAUUUACAUGCUCGCUGGCCAUAAUCUUUCUGCUACCAACAAUCUGCUGGAGAACUACAGAAAGCUGGCCUACCCCAAUCAGUGCCUACUUUACCUGUUGAUCACCAUCAGCACUGUAGCUGCAUUUGACAGGAUUAAUCUGGCUAAAACAACAAUGUUGGUGCGUGGUAUUAUAACGCUGGACCCUGCUGCUUGGGCCUCUUUCUUUUACUUUAUGGCCCUGAUACUCACUGUGAGCCAACAGCAGUUAAGCGACAGGAUUCAGUUCUACUUGGUGCCAGGGGAACCAGUGCCAACGCUUCCACCAAUAACACUGCCAACACGUGCACCUAUACGCAACAUCACCAUCUGGCCUCCUGGGUCAGAGCUUACCAUUUUGUAUCCCUGGAUCGUGGUGAACCUUAUUGUGGCUCUCUUGGUCGGGCUGGCCUGGGUCUUCCUGUCCACUCAACCCCUGCUGGAUCACACUGAAGAUUUGAUGUUUGCACUGGAUACAGAUGAGUUUCCUGAGCUAGAAGACAGAACAAAAACACAGACAUAAAACUUCUGCAUUGUUUCAUUGUUACAAAUGUUUAUAUGUCUUUGUGAGACUCGAUAGGUUUGAUACUUUCAGAUCAUUUUUGGCAUAACCAUCUAUAUAAUAUUGUUUAUAAUGUUUUUUUCAGUGUUUAUCGUUAUGUCUGACAUAAGACCAUCUAUGACUUUGUUGCGAUUAGGAGGAAAAAGGUUUUUACAGUUUCUGUUGAAGAGACCUGAUGGGUCAGAGUUCAAAUCUAGGAUUAUAAUGAUCCUUGUACUAUAUUUGCUAUAGCCCCAGAUCAUGUCAUUGAGACAUAUCAAAGCCCUUCACAGGAUUUCCUGUAAAGUCUAGUGACGAUGCAUUUUGCUGGUAAUUAGGUGAAAAUCAUUUCUCUCUGCUUGUCAUUGGGGUCCCUUAUGGGUCCCACGUGAAAUGAGUCUCAAUCCAGAUCCCAAUGGGUAUGAGUUCCGAACACAAAACUGUCAGCAUCCCUCAGAGGGCCGCAGGGUAGCUGGAGGGGAAGCGAAGAACAUAGGGGUUGUCUGAUGAGGAACACUGGUGCAGUUGAGCAGAGGAGGCUACUUCUGUAUCUGGGCUGUGAUGAAUAGCAGACUUGGGAUUGUUUGAUGCAAACCCUAGACUCUCAAAAAAAACUUUGCAUUUGAUAUAACGCCUAAAGUGUCAGCAUCUCAAACCGCCUCACAAGUAAUGGCUAUCAGAUAUAUAUUGACUGUAUUUUUAGGCAAAUGUGGUAGCUACUUAUCAUUCAGCAAGGCCCUACAAACAGCCACAAAGUGAUGACCAACUGGGUCCAUUAAGCUUAAUAAUUUUCUCCCAAUUCGUGCAUCCUUUUGGCUCCUGGGAUCCAGCAUCAUCGAAGGAUAUAAUUCCUCCGACACCAGUUGCUUUCUGUCAUACCACCCAAGUGAACAUUCUUCAUGUUUGAAUCUUUGCAGGCUGUAGAGGGUGUCAUAGCCUCUCCUUAUCUCUCCCCACCUGGUUAUUCCACAGGUGCCCGGGCAGUCAAGGUUGCUAAACAGGGACCAGAGCCAUAACACCUGGCUGAUUUUAACCUAAACCAGCAAAUUUAGCAUGGACUGUGAUUUGAAACAGUGAGGUUCCAGUCCAUCAGCUGCACCUCUAUUCAUUAUCCCAUCAGGCCUGCUCUGAAAGUUCAAUUUGUAUCCUGGAGAUGAAUAUAAUAUCAGAUCACACUACAAAGGAGUGGUGCUGCCCAAAAUUCAGAUUGAGGAGCUUUGAGAUGGGAGCAGUGUGAGCAUUCGUUACAUUUGAUUCUGCCUCUGAAUGCAUUCUGAAAUGCUGAUUUAAUCACCAAUACUGAGACAUUGCACCAUUAAGAAAUUAAUGUGCAAAAUGAAAUCAAAAUAAACCAGAAAUUAAACAAGAGAACAGGUGCUGAUCAGCCAGUUGCUGUCAUGGUGUUUCAAUAUUGAUUCAAAGUGCUUGAAGUAGAGAUGCAUGGGCAAGGAUUUAUAAAGAUAAAAGUUGGGGGUCAUGUGUGGAACAUAGGCCUGAAGGGAAUCUUGGAGACAUGGUUUGGGAAAGUAGUGCAAGUUAUUUUCUGGAUCCCAAGCUCCUCAACGUGAAAUAUCAACCUACCAGAUUGUUUCAGUGAGUGUGGUUAUAAUUGGUCCAUAUUGCUGUUGUGAAAUGAGUGACAGAAAAAAAUCAAUGAAAGGAUUCAAAAGAAAUCCUUUGAUCCAGGCUGCAGUUUGAAUAGUAAGCAAACAGGAAUCAACAGUAGUAGGAUUAUGGGUCUCUCAAGCUGUCAGUGUAUUUAAAUAUAACCACACUCUGUUCUGAUGCACACUACAUGUUGUUCACCUCUUCAGUGGUAGUCCUGUCAAGUCUCAUUUGUUUCAAGUGAGAAAUAUUCAUUUGGGAUUAGAACUGUAAAGAGUAUCACUGUGAAGAAUAAACACAGCUUCCUAUUUC